UCCGGAUGCGCAGGCUCAGCGGCCAUGGCUCAUGGGCCUAGCCGCUCCGCGGCAUGUGGGAUCUUCCCGGACCGGGGCUCGAACCCGUGUCCCCUACAUCGGCAGGCGGACUCUCAACCACUGCGCCACCAGGGAAGCCCCAAAUAUAUAUAUGUAUUUUUUAAUUUAAAAAUUUUUUUAAUUAAUAAAAGAUUUUUUAAAAAAGAAAAUAAGAUUAUAAAGGAACAAAAAAGGUGCUGACAACAUAAUUGUGUAUGUAAAUAAUCCAAAAGAAUCUACAGACUCUUAGGAUUAAGUGAAUUUAGCAAGGUCACAGAAUACAAAGUCAAUAUACCGCCCCCCAAAAAUGAAUUAUGUGUUUCUAGAUACAAUAAAUAGAAAAUGAAAUUUCAAAAAUAUAUUGUUUAUAAUAGGAUAACAAAUAGCUCGAAAUAUCAAUAGAUAUGUCAAAAGAUAUGCAGAAUCUUUACAUUGAAAACAAUGAAACAUUCUUGAAAGAAAGACUGACAGGUGUGUGGUCAAAUCAUGUAUAGUCAAUUCACCACAUAUUUUUCUUCCUUGUUAUAGGUUAGCUUCUGUCUGUUGGAAGCAAAGGGGAAACUUGCCUGUGUUCUCAGCUAUUUGGAAAUCUCACUGUGAAAGUUUCACAAUAACUUAGUUUUAUUUCUUUAAAUUGUAUAUAAGAUAACAUUAGAUUUGAGAAGCAUUUUUAACCCUGAUGAAAUUUCAGGGAUGACUUUACGAUCUGACAAUAACAUAAAUGAAUACAUUUUGAAAAUAAAUUGAAAUGCCUUAAAUGUAAAAAAAAAAAAAAGACUGACAAAGAUGAAGACAUAUAUCGACUCCAUGGAUUGGAAAAUAAUAUUGUAAGGAUGACAGUUCUCUCAAAUUGAUCUGCUGGUGAAACUCAAUUCUAAGUAAAAUCCCAGCAGGUUUAUUUUUGUGAAAAUUGACAAGCUGAUUCUAAAAUUUGCAUGGAAAUGCAAAGUGCCAAAACAGCCAAGGCAAUCUUGAAUAAAAAUGAAAUUGGAGUCUUCCACACCCAGAUAUCCUCCUUUAACUUUCAACAUUUUAGUACCACCUUUUUGAGAUAUGGCUUACAAAUAGCAUACUGUAUUUUGUGAAUUUUCUCAAAGUUUUACCUCUUACACCCUUUGCAUUUACACCCUUUGCAUUUUUAGUUCCAACUUCUAUCAUCUUGUUCUCUGGUUUAUUUUAUACCCCCUUGUUCCCACUCCCCUUGGUGGUUUUGGUGUUUUUUUGUUUUUGUUUUGGGGUUUUUUUUUUUUUUUUUUGCUGGAAUGGAAGAGUGGCUACAUGUUCUGUGGUCUUUCGAAGUUAUAUAUCUUGGCUUUUAAUUCAACAGGUGGUCUCAUAUUGAUGAUUUUUUAGAUGGAAUUUAAUUUUUUUUUUUUUUUUUUUUUCGUGGUAUGCGGGCCUCCCUCCGUGGCAGCCUCUCCCGUUGCGGAGCACAGGCUCCGGACGCGCAGGCUCAGCGGCCAUGGCUCACGGGCCCAGCCGCUCCGCGGCAUGUGGGAUCCUCCCAGACCGGGGCGCGAACCCGGUUCCCCUGCAUCGGCAGGCGGACGCGCAAACCCUGCGCCACCAGGGAAGCCCCGGAAUUUAAUAUUUUGAGUUGCCUUUUUGACCAACAAGAAGGGGGCUUUAUUUCAGAAGUUUGAGUAGUUUGGUUGGAUGGUCUGGGAAAGAGGUCUCUGAAACCCCAGCCUGACUCCUGAGAAGCAGAGAAGUUUAGGGCAUCUCCCCUGGGUGUCAGGAGGAGAGUUUAGGCUUGCCUGCGUAGCAGUAAGAGAGUAUACUGUUUAGGUCUCCCUCUUUGCCAGCUGCCCCUUCAUUUCAAUUUAGGGCUUCUAGGCCUUUCCUGGGCAUGGUUCCCAGAAAGUCCCUCUGCUGCUGCUACCCUGAUCAGGUUUCUGGAUCUGUUAAUAAUAGACAACAGUGGGGGAAGGGCCAGGAUCAUUAUGGAAAUAGGAGCAACUAAACCAGAUGGACAGUUCCUAUGCACAGGGCCCUGUCUGUCUGCUCCCGUCCUGUGUCUGAGGAGCAUUCUGCAGUGGACAUGUCUUCUAAGCCAUUCUUUGGAGCCACAUUAACCUUGUGAAGGUCUCCAAGUGCCUUUCCCAAAAAUCAGAACACAUGAUCUGGGGUGCUUAUGAGAACACUGAAACAGAAUGUUUGAGAUUCGAACUCUACCAGAAAACCCUGGGGGAGUGAUAAUACCCCUCACAGAACACCCAGAAGGGAAGGAGGUUGGGCCGCAAUUAGGUGAGGCAAAUAGUGACUCAGAGAGGCAAACUGUAUGUAAUCCUGGAAUGCAGAAGGGGAGUGGGGAAGGUGAAGGGGAAGUAUGGAAAAAUAAGGACAUGAUGAUGUUGGAGAAGUGGAAAUGGGAGAGUAAGACGAGCAUGUGAGACAGGACCACUAUUAAGUAAAAUAUGAAAUCAGCACAGUUUAAAUCUUGAUGCCUCCUCAUCUUCCUGUUCUCCAUGAAUGGCCUUCCCUCUUCUGCCUCUACUCCCUGCAUACUCCUUUUCCUUUACCAAAGCCUGCUCUUAGUACAGUAAACUCAACUUAGGUAUAAAUUAUGAAAGACCCAUAAGGCUUCUGAAAUUACCAGUUAAUAAAAUGUGAAAACAUUUUAUUGUAAAAUAUAACACAAAUAUAUAAAACUACAUAAAGAAAAUGUAUAGCUUAAUAAGUUAUUAUGAAGUGAAAACCCUUAUUAGCACCCAGAACCAGAAAUAGAGCUUGGUCAGCUGUUUCAGAUGGGGCCAGCUAUGGGCCCCAUCCCAUCAUGACUCCUCCCUCCUCCCCAAAGUAACCACUAUCCUGACAUUUAUGGUAAUCACUCAGGAGGAUUUUAUUUUAAUGGGACUAAUGAUUUAGCUAUAAAUAAUCACUAAUGGUAGACUAUUAGGCAGUUGAGGGAUGUUUGGGAGCCACAAGAGGCAGCUGGAUCUCAGCACACUCAAAAAUCACACCACUUCGUACAGUUAGUUCCCUCUGUGCCUAUGAUUAAGACACACCUCACCGGAAGACGAUCCCACAGAAGUCCAAGUACAGUGCUGUGCCCUAUGCCCUCAGCUCCAUACUGUCAUCCACUGAUCCAGAAGGAACCAUACCCCACAGUCUUCCCAAGGCAGAGCAAAAGUAGGUCCCAGCUCACAGUACUUGGGCGAGUGUAAAGGACUGGCAGUCUCUGCUGCCGACAUGUGAGUCUAGGACAUUGCCUAAACUUCCCUGGGCCUUAGUUUCUUACUGUGAAGUAUGGGGCCAUGAUAAAGCCCUUUACAAUUGCCUAUUCCUCACCUAACUUGGUCCCCUUUCCUCAAUCUUGUUUUCUGUUUCCGCUGCCUAUUUAUACACGCUGUAAGAAGCUCAUUACCUUCCUUACCCAGUUGGGUGUCUUUCCAGCCUUGUGCUCCUCUUUUUGCCCUUGAUCCUCAGACACCAUGGUUCUGCUUCAUUUCUACGUGUACCAUUAUAAAAACACAUAUACGUCCUUGCAUAUUAGAGGUGCUGAACAAAUGGUUGUAGAAUGAAUGAAUAUAUGAAACAAAUUGUUUCCUACAUUCAUGUAUGCACUCCUUCAAUAUUUAGCAAGUACCUAAUAUAUACGUAGAUACCAACCUAUCCUUCUACACAAUUCAUUCCUCUCCUCCUUUUCUCAUCUUCCCCCUUUCCCAUUCUAUCUUUUUCCCUUUCCCUGAGCCAUAGAGUUAGACUGAGUGCCCGGCAAGGCAGGAUGCGGAGACACUUCUGCCAGUGGAAACAGUCACCAUGGAAAGGAGCCAGAUGAAAUAAGGGCAAAGACAGCUGUACAACACGCAGAGGGAAACCAACCAGAAUGAAAAGCAGUGAUUCAUGGAGCACUGCAGCUCAGAUACUCCUUGGGUUUCACUCUGAGACCUACUGCAGGACUGAGGUCAGUGAGGGCUGGCAUCAAGAUGAAGGACAGACAGGCUCCUCCUCCCUGGAGAUGUGAUGCCCGUCAAUCCCUCCCCUAAUCCUCUUCUGCGCACCCCACCCCCACUACUCCCUCACACUGACCAGUGUCCUGGGCCUUUAAGAGUUGGAUGGGCUGGACUGAGGAGAGAGCUCACACCUCUCCCCACCCUACUCUUUCUAUCUGGCUGUAAGUCUGCCAGUGACAGCAGCAAACUGCAGCAGAAGAGGGGAGGAAGCCAGUGAGUGCAAGAGAAGCAAAGAAGAAAAGGAGCCCUCCUGGGUUUCCUCGGCCCACAGCAGAGAGCGUCGCAGAUCUCAGACACAGGACUUCUCUCCUGCCCACGGUGACUCUGGCAUCAGCUGGUGAAGCAGUGGGUGAUGGCGUCCCUGCUGCAAGGCCGGCUGCCUGUUAAUCAAGACCUGCUGCUGAUGCAGAAAGGCACGCUGAUGCGCAAGGUGCGGUCCAAAAGCUGGAAGAAGCUAAGAUACUUCAGACUUCAGGACGAUGGCAUGACAGUCUGGCAUGCCCGGCAGGCCGGAGGCAGGGCCAAGCCCAGCUUCUCAAUAUCCGACGUGGACACAGUGCGUGAGGGCCACGAGUCUGAGUUGCUGCGAAACCUGGCAGAGGAGUUCCCCUUGGAGCAGGGCUUCACCAUCGUCUUCCAUGGCCGCCGCUCCAACUUGGACCUGGUGGCCAACAGUGUCGAGGAGGCCCAGAUCUGGAUGCAGGGGCUCCAGCUGUUGGUGGACUUUGUCACCAGCAUGGACCAACAGGAGCGGCUGGACCAUGAUUGGUUCCAGCACGGAGACAAAAACCAGGAUGGUCGGAUGAGUUUUGGAGAAGUCCAGCGGUUACUGCACCUGAUGAAUGUGGAAAUGGACCAAGACCAUGCCUUCCAGCUUUUCCAGAGAGCAGAUGCAUCCCAGUCUGGGACUCUGGAGGGAGAAGAAUUUGUAGAGUUUUAUAAGUCAUUGACUCAGCGUCCUGAGGUGCAGGAACUGUUUGAAAAGUUUUCAUCUGAUGGGCAGAAGCUGACCCUGCUGGAAUUUGUGGAUUUUCUCCAAGAGGAGCAGAAAGAAGGAGAACGGGCUUCUGACCUUGCUCUAGAACUCAUCGACUGCUAUGAGCCUUCAGAUAGCGGCAAACUGCGGCAUGUGCUGAGCAUGGAUGGCUUCCUCAGCUACCUCUACUCGAAGGACGGAGACAUCUUCAAUCCGACCUGCCUCCCCAUCUACCAGGAUAUGACUCAGCCCUUGAACCAGUACUACAUCAGCAGCUCCCACAACACCUACCUAGUGGGAGACCAGCUUUGUGGCCAGAGCAGCGUGGAGGGAUACAUACGGGCCCUGAAGCGGGGAUGCCGCUGCGUGGAGGUGGAUAUAUGGGAUGGACCUAGCGGGGAACCUAUUGUUUACCACGGACACACACUGACCUCUCGCAUCCCGUUCAAAGACGUUGUGGCCGCCAUUGGACAGUAUGCCUUCCAGACAUCAGACUAUCCAGUCAUCUUGUCCCUGGAGAACCACUGCAGCUGGGAACAGCAGGAGAUCAUAGCACGCCAUCUGACAGAGAUCCUGGGGAAUCAGUUACUGAGCAGCACCUUGGAUGGGCAGCUUCCCACUCAGCUGCCCUCCCCUGAGGAGCUUCAGAGGAAGAUCCUUGUGAAGGGAAAGAAGUUAAAAACGCUUGAGGAGGAUCUUGAGGAAGAGGAGGAGGAGCCAGAGUCUGAACUGGAGGAGGCUGAGCUGCAGCUGGAGGCCCAGAUGGAGUCUGAGCCCCAGGAGUUGAGCCCUCGCAGUAAGGACAAAAAGAAGAAAUCCAAGCCCAUCUUAUGUCCAUCCCUCUCUGCCCUGGUUGUCUACUUGAAGGCUGUCACAUUCUACAGCUUCACUCAUUCGAGGGAGCACUACCGCUUCUAUGAAACAUCAUCUUUCUCUGAAGCCAAGGCCAAGAGCCUCAUCAAGGAGGCUGGCAAUGAGUUUGUGCUGCACAAUACCUGGCAGUUAAGCCGUGUAUAUCCCAGUGGCCUGAGGACAGAUUCAUCCAACUACAACCCCCAGGAGUUCUGGAAUGCAGGCUGCCAGAUGGUGGCUCUGAAUAUGCAGACUGCGGGGCUUGAGAUGGACCUGUGUGAUGGGCUCUUCCGCCAGAACGCUGGCUCCGGCUACGUGCUGAAGCCAGACUUCCUGCGUGACACCCAGAGUUCCUUCCACCCUGAGAGGCCCAUCAGUCCGUUCAAAGCCCAGACCCUCCUAAUCCAGGUAAUCAGUGGGCAGCAACUCCCCAAAGUGGACAAGACCAAAGAGGAGUCCAUUGUGGAUCCACUGGUAAGAGUGGAGAUCUUUGGCGUCCGCCAAGACACAACCCGGCAAGAGACCAGCUACGUGGAGAACAAUGGUUUUAAUCCAUACUGGGGGCAGACACUGUGCUUCCGGGUCCUGGUACCUGAACUGGCCCUGCUGCGUUUUGUGGUAAAAGACUAUGACUGGAAAUCCCGAAACGAUUUCAUUGGUCAGUACACCCUGCCUUGGAACUGCAUGCAACAAGGUGAGCCAGUCCUCCCACCCCUGGCCCGCACCCCAGCUCUGGCUGCCUUCCUAAUACGGUCCCCCGCUCCCCUUUCCAGGUUACCGCCACAUACACUUGCUCUCCAAGGAUGGCAUCAGCCUCCAUCCAGCCUCCAUCUUUGUGCACAUCUGCACCCGGGAAGGGCUAGAGGGGGUUGAAUC